UUUUAGGUCUAUGCUCUAAACGUCAAACGAUGACAUUACAAACAAACAUUCUAGAAAAUCAUAUACGAAGAUCAGCUGUAUACUCGCAAACUAUAAUACAUUUUUGAAUUAAUCUUCACAAUGUCUGAAAAUAAUGAAACCGAAAACCCUCCUUUCAAGCACGACUGGUAUCAAACAGAAACAUCUGUCGUAAUUACGGUUCUCAUUAAGAAUAUAACAAAAGAGCAACUCACUAUCAAAUUCUCAGAAAGUGCAGUAGAUCUUCACAUAAAUGCAGGAGAACACAACAGUGAAAUAUCAAGAAUAUUCAAAUUGUCUCAUAAUAUAGUUCCUGAUCAGUGUAGUUACAGAUUAGCCUCUGUUAAAAUUGAAAUAAAAUUGAAAAAACAGGAAGGUUAUAGGUGGGAAAAAUUGGAAGGAGCUUGUGAUAAUGUGCUCAAAACUCUACCCCAAACUGUUAUUCCCAAAUCAGACAAACCACCCUCUUAUCCUACUUCUAAAGGUAAAGAUUGGUCUGCAAUUGAAAAAGAUAUAUGUGUACAAGAAAAAGAUGAAAAACCAGAAGGUGAAGAAGCUUUGAACAAACUUUUCCAGGAUAUAUAUGGAAAAGGCAGUGAUGAAGUGAAGAAAGCAAUGAAUAAAAGCUUUAUGGAGAGUGGAGGAACAGUAUUAAGCACAAAUUGGAGAGAAGUAUCUAAAGAUAAAGUGGAAUGCAAACCUCCAGAUGGUAUGGAAUUCAAGAAAUGGGAAUCUUAAGACUUGUAGCCUUUUCUGUAUAUUUAUAGAUAUUAAUGAAUUUGAAAUUAUAAUUUUGCUUUCAAAUUUUCUUUUUUUUGAAGGUAUUUUCAAAAUAAAUUUUUAUGAAACAUCAA